AUGGAUCCGAAUCGUGACGUUUUGAGCAGUCCGAAAUGGUUUUAUCAAGGAGAAGAUCGUCGUGUUUAUGGUCCGUAUUCAUCCGUGGAAAUGCAGAAAUGGUGCAAAACCGGUUAUUUCACAGAUACCAUGCUUAUUCGUACGAAAAACGAAGAUCGUUUCCAUACGCUUGCCGAAUGGACACGUUAUAGUAACGGACAGAGUCCGUUUUUGCUUCUGGUCAAUUCUUUCGAUCAUUUGGUCAACAUGAGCAUGCAAAUGCAAAUGUCCCAGUUAAUCCUGACUCCCGGUCGUGUUCCAGUAUCCGGCGGCCCUUACUUUAUGGUGCCCCAAGCUUCAGCUGCAGCAGCGUCUAGCCCUGUUCCUGGUUUCCCGCCAGCACCUGGUUUCAUUGCUUAUCAUCAAAAUCCAUUGGUGGUUGCACCUCCAGUACCGUCCUUUGCACCGCAUCAAGCUUUCUCACAACCGCCCAGUGAACCUGUCGAUGAAGUGCCGUCGAGUGCAAGCAAUACACCAGAUGAUAGCGAUGCGGGCUGGAAUAUGAAUGCGAUGCAGAAUGCGGCUCUCCUGCCGCUUCAGGAAAAAUCUACCGAUACAUAUGAUGCAUCAUGGAAUCUGGCGCGCGAUAUUGGUACUGAAGCAGAACAUUCGGAAUGCUGUGAUGCCUCCACCCAAACCAAUCCAGGAAGAAUUUCGGCAGAGCAAGCUGUGCGACUUCUUUCCGAGCUGAUCGGGAUUCAGUUGGAGAUUGAAAGUUGA